CUUCACCUCAACUAUCGCGAGAAUUUGCGGGAAGCGCUUUUCUUCCGCCAUAUUAGCCUCUCUGAUGCUAGCGCUAGCUUCUGUUUCACGGAGGACCGGAGUGUUAGUCGAGCUGAAGGAUCUCUAUCUGCAUGCCGGACGGUGCUGCAUCAUGAGGAGUUCGUCCCCUGGUCUCCGUCUGGAUGGAGGAUGUGGUUCUUCACUAUCGGUCCGGAUCAGCAGAAGGACUCCAGACUCUGUUGGAGACCUCAGAGAAGCUCCUGGAACUGUUCCCCUGCCGGCCUCCUCCGGUCUUCACCUGCUGGUUUCCUGCCGCCGCCGAUCGUCUACCCAUCAGACCAGUAAAACCAGCUCCGGUCAUCACCUCCUCAGACGCCUCCAUCUCCAAGCCUCUGCUGGGGAACCAAUCAGAGAGCAGAACAGCUGACGGCGUCUCAGAGGAGCAGACGUCUCCGGUCAGACGGUCCUGGAGCGUCUUCAGACAGACAGAAGUUCUGCUGCAGAGCUCCCAGUCCAUGUCCAGACGUUUCCUCCACAUGGUGUCGCUCCACAAGCUGCACCUCCGGCAGAGAGCCAAGUGGGUGAUCAGAGAGAAGAACUGGGAGACCAGAGACAUCGAGCAGGUCUGGAGGACUCUAACCGUCUGGUUCUGGUCCCUGCAGGUCUGGAGGAUUCUAAUCGUCUGGUUCUGGUCCCUGCAGGUCUGGAGGACUCUAACCGUCUGGUUCUGGUCCCUGCAGGUCUGGAGGAUUCUAAUCGUCUGGUUCUGGUCCCUGCAGGUCUGGAGGAUUCUAAUCGUCUGGUUCUGGUCCCUGCAGGUCUGGAGGAUUCUAAUCGUCUGGUUCUGGUCCCUGCAGGUCUGGAGGACUCUGAUCCGGUCUGUCCGGAGCUCCGGUCUGCCGUCGUUUAACGCCAACAUCCAGCGGCAGCGAGCAGAGAUCUGGGUGUUCUGUGACGUUCUGAACGGAGAACAGGUGGGACGACACCUGAAGGAGCAGCUGCAGCUGAAGGGGAGGAUCAGUCUGACGGUCCGUCACCUGGGAAACAUCUUCAGCCUGUAGGGAGGAUGGAGGAAGGAAGGAGGGAGGAUAGAGGGAGGAAGGAGGGAGGAUGGAGGGAGGAUGGAAGAAGGAUGGAGGGA